CCAGCAAAUAUUACGGAAUACGUCAACGCUUUCACUUCUGCAGCAAUACAGGCCAAUCUUUCAGAGGUCCAAAUAACGUUUGUGAAGCAGACACUCCUGAAUAGAACUCUUGUGAAACUCAGCUCUUCGUUCUCUAUUUAUGAAACAUACAACUGGACAGUCUUGUUCCAGACAGAUUUAGUUCUUUUGCUGCCUAACUUCAACCAAACUCUUCUUCAGCUUCUGCCAACUGACAUCUCGUGCUCUUCAUACCAAGAAAUAUUGAAAGGAUUUAGUCUUGUUUUUACAUCACUUUCAAACCAGACAGAGGAGACUAUAUUUAGUGACUUCAUUAAGCGCUACAUGACUGAACAUACAUCUACAGACUCGACUUGUGUUUCUGGUACAAGUAAUUUUGAAGAAUGGAAAACACUUAACUUCCGUGAAUUUUCCAUCUUUGCCACAAUUUAUAACUUUGUGGACUUCUAUCCUGGGUUCAGCGUGGGUGAUCUAACACCAAAUGAUGCGGCCUCUGUUUUAACCCAAGAAGAUGUUCUCUCCAACCAAACUUUCUUGGCAUCAUUUUUAAGUGGAAUAAGACCAGCAGAUAUUACAGAAUAUGUCAACGCCUUCACAUCUGCAGCCACAAAGGCCAGUCUAUCACAGACUCAAAUUACAUUAGUAAAGGGAACACUGUUGGAUCAAACUAUUGUGAACCUCAGUUCCUCUUUCUCCACUUAUCAAACACAAAACUGGACAGUCUUGUUCCAGACAGAUUUGGUUCUCUUGCUUCCAUACUUCAACCAAACUCUUCUUCAGCUUCUGCCAACUGACAUCUCCUGCGAUUCAUACCAAGAAAUAUUGAAAGGAUUUAGUCUUGUUUUUACAUCACUUUCAAACCAGACAGAGGAGACUAUAUUUAGUGACUUCAUUAAGCGCUACAUGACUGAACAUACAUCUACAGGUUCUAAAUUCAUGGAAUGCUACACUAACGAUGACGGUCUGCAAAAUUUCAUUACAAACUAUUUUAUUAACUUUUCCACCUUGAUAAGUGCCGAUGAGCUAUUAUUACUAAUCCCGUCCAGUCAGCUCACACAGGUAUUAAAUACGUUGAACCCUCAGGAUCUAUUGCACUAUCUCACAGACGGAAUGGGUGCAAACAGCACUGUAUGGAAAAUAAUGCUGUCACACUAUACAAAUAUUACUGAACUUGCACAAUUCAUGGACAUUCUGGUAGACAUGAAAUUUAGCCAAGACAUUGCUGAAGCUGUAUUUGACACAGUCUGGCCAACUUUCCUCACUUACCUGCCUCUAAGUGAAUCUGAAUUGGACAUUUGGCUCAAUAAGCGUUUUGCUAAUUACCUACCUCUAAUAACUGGGGCCCAAUUGAAUGUCACGGGUGUGAUGGAAGCAAAUUGUUCCUUCUACCUUAACCUAGUUAAGACCUUGUCUAUAUAUUUUGAUAAUUACACCACCAGCACUCGGCAAGAUAUAUAUGGCGUCUUUAAGCUGUAUCUGGAGAACUCACAACAAAAACCUGCAUGUUAUAACUCCUCCUCCAGUGUUGCCAAUUCCUGGAUUUUCCUAAACCUUGGAGAUUACUUGACUUAUUCCAGUCCUCAGGACCUAGUAUCAUUUACAAACAAUGUGGAACUGCUUCAAAACUUUUCAGUGGAUUCAAAAACCCUUGACUUGAUAGGCGCGCUGACCCUACCACAAAGUCUUAAGGAGUACUUUUCAUAUUUAAUAUCAGCAGAAAAUCCAUCUAUCCCUCUGUCAAGCAUUCCUCAAAACAUUCUAUGCUACAUUGUCGGUAACUUAAGUAUCAGCACGAUGAGUCAAAGUGAGGCCUUGAAAAUUGUGGACAUUCUAAAGCAGUGUGGAAGUACAGCCAAUGUCACUUUGGGCAGCAAUGUAGUGGAAUCCAUCGUCACAUCGGUGACUAAUAUUACGGCAGGCGUUCUUCAGACUCUAGGUCCCCUGGCGGUUGGACUGCCCCCUUCAGUGAUUGUAGAGAAGGCCACUGGGACAUCUUUACUGAAUAAUUUACAAACAUUGUCUCAGAUUGAAACUUGGAGUGUCACCCAAGCAUCUGUCAUAGUCACAAAAAUAACAGAAACCAAUUUUAAGAUUAAUGUGAGCAGUGUGGCAUCACUUGGAAGUCUGGUGGUUGGUCUGAACCCCUACGCUAUGGAUAAUCUCAACAGCAGCAAUUUUAUCACUUUGGCUAAAACUGAUUCUUUUACUGCUCAAAUUGAACAAGCUCCAAAAGCACUGCAACAGAGAUUUGUGCAAAAGGUUAUCGUGGCCGCACAGACCACAACAGAAAGCAUCUUCCAGCUGGUUCCUCCAGGCCUGGGGAGUCAGAUUCCUGUAUCAAACCUGUUUAGUUCCAGGUUUACUAUCCAGCAAAUAAACCAGAUGCAAUGGUCAAUCAACCAGGCUCAGAUCCUUUUCCCGACAGUGAUGACUUUAACCAAUAACUACUCCAGUCUUACCGACAAUAUCCUGCAAGGUUUUACCUGUGGAGCUGUAGGUGGAUUAAAUGAUUUGCAGUUUCAAGACCUCAUCAAAGUCAUGAAAGGGGUUUCAGUAAGCACCGACCAGCUAAGCUGCAUCGCUCAGCGACUGACAAGUAUUGGGGCUCCUGCAGAUUUGGCAAAUUAUCCAGUUGAUGUCCUGCUGUUUAUUGGUUCCAGCACCUACACAAACAAAACAAUUUGUGUGAACUAUUUCAAACUGAUUGGGGGGUCCAAUAUCAACCUCUUACCUGUGACCUCACCGGUGCGGUCCUCUCUGCUCAGCAAUGCCAUGGGAUGUUUGAAUAUCAACAACUCUAAUCUUACCAAGGAAAACUUACAGAUUUUGGGUGCCGUCUCCUGUGACCUAACAGAUUCAGCUAUUAAAGCUGCAGAUAAUUAUAUACUAAAAGAGCUCCAGGUGUGCUCCUCAUUCACAGACGCACAAAUAGCAGCAAUUAACAACAAGCUUAUUGCUGUAUACGGAUCUCCGAACACUUGGACGCUCUCCACUCUCCAAAAUAUUGGAAAUCUUUCUAGUAUUCUGAGUGUCAACACACUUCUUCAGAUCUCCACGGCCUUGAAGAUAAAGUUUUUCCCAGGCUUCCUCGGUCAGAUCAAAACUCAGUCCGUGACAUCAUUUUCAUACGUCAUAAGCCAGCUGAAGGCAGCUCAGACUACCAAUCGAGACCUACCCACCUGCACCAAUCUUACUACAGACAUUAUAGCAACACAAAAACAAUACCUUGUUGUCAGCUAUACAAGCAGUGACCUGCAGACAUGUUUGAGCACCAGUGUGAUGAUUGAUAACUUGGACAAACUUGGAGCUUUGGCCUUCAAUAAUGACCAACUUCUAGUUCUGAAGGGCAAGGUCGACAAGCUGUUCCCCAACGGAAUUCCAGAAGACUUUCUUCCACUGCUCGGUAACAUUGCGACAGUGUACAGCGAAAGGGAUGUUGAACAAUGGAACAUAACUCAAUUGAAAACACUGGAAUUACUGUUAACAAGUGCAUCGUGGGAAAGUAAUAAGAUAACAGUCAAUGCCUUGGUAAUGCAGUAUCUACAAAGAUCCAACACCAGUGUUGAUGGCACCACCCUCACAAUCAUAGCACCAUAUAUCUGCUAUCUGAAUGGGACCAUCAUUGAGGGAAUUAGCAGCGAUGCCAUAAGGACGAGCACUGCAUCACUUAAUACAGCAACCUGUUCUCAGAGCAAUAAGAAUCUCCUGUUUGACAAGAUGAAAUCGGUCUACCAAUCAUUUGCAAGUUCAAAAGAUGCAUACUAUCUGCUAUUGCUGCCUGGAAUAGGGGGUGCAAGGACUGCUGACCUGAUCCAGUUAUCUACAGAUUCUCCAGAAAUGAGUAUAAGUGUAUUUGCAGGACUGAAUCCCACUGAAGUACAGAAUCUAAAUGUCAGCACUAUAAAAAGCCUGCUUGGACCGAACUUGGCCGAACUAAACACCAUAUCCAGUGGACCUGUCAUGGUGGCUUGGAUUGCUGCACAUACGCAGAUUGAGGUUAAUUCUUUGGGGCUCUCAUCUUCAGCAGGAUUAAAAGAUCCUACACCAAGUGGCUUCAUAGUUAUCAACAUGGUGACAUCGGGGGCCACCAAUCGACAUUUUGCCUCUGUUCUCCUGUCAUUGGCGAUGGCUGCUAUAAUUCACAUCACUACAUCGCUCUAGUAUUUACAGGCCCUAUGCGACAUCACUCAAUGGAAUUAAGCUCAAACUCAGAAACGCUAUCUGAUAUAUCAAAGACUGUCAAUUACUUGAAAGGGGAAGAA